AAAAAUCGAGUUCCAACAUUGGUAGUUCUUUUGCGUAGUUCAUUUAGUUCUCUUGAAAAGUUACGUGUCUGCGUGGAGCUUUUAGCUCUCUACAAUCAAAAAUGAAUAUUCCAAAUGAAUAUAUUUCAAGUGCCGAAGAUAUAGCAGAUCAGGUCAUCAGAAAACUAAAACAUAUCCUUCCAACUGUUGCUCGUUUAUGUCUGAUUUCAACAUUUCUGGAGGAUGGCUUACGAAUGUGGUUCCAAUGGUCAGAGCAAAGAGAAUACAUGGACAUGUCAUGGGGAUGUGGCAAAUUUCUAGCCACAAUAUUUGUUUUAGUCAAUUUGUUUGGUCAAUUAGGGGGUUGUGUGAUGGUCAUUAUAAGAUACAAAGUUACUAUUGCUUGUGGUGUACUUUUCUUUAUUGUUGUUUUACAAACUUUAGCAUACAGCAUAUUAUGGGAUUUGCAAUUCUUAUUCAGAAAUCUUGCUCUAAUUGGGGCACUUUUAUUGGUAUUGGCCGAGAGUAGGGGCGAAGCCAAGAGUCUCUUUGCUGGGGUACCUUCAUUAGGGGAAAACAAACCCAAAAAUUAUUUGCAACUCACAGGACGCAUUCUACUUGCGUUCAUGUUCAUCACGCUGAUACGCUUCGAAUUAAGCUUUUUUCAGAUUUUGUUGGAUUUGUUGGGGUCAGCACUUAUGGUUUUAGUGACAGUAGGGUACAAAACGAAAUUAUCAGCUUUAAUUUUAGUUUUGUUACUCACCACAUUGAACUUUUAUCAUAAUGCUUGGUGGAACAUUCCCUCAUAUAAGCCAUUGCGUGACUUUUUGAAAUACGACUUCUUCCAGACGUUGUCUGUGAUUGGUGGUCUUCUCAUGAUUGUAUAUUUAGGCCCUGGAGGGGUGUCAAUGGACGAACACAAGAAACGAUGGUAAUUUAAGUCAUUAGUGAGCAAAGUUGUGACUGAACAAUUUCAUUUUUAAAGAAUUUCCUUAUUUUCUAUAUUACUGUCUAUUCUUUUUUGAUUGUAUGAAGUUGUAUUUUUACUAAUUUAAAAAGUGUACAUAAUGUGUGAUUUAUUUAAGUUUUAUUCUGACCAACCACAAAAAACGUACGUACUGGAUACAAAAAAUGUAUGCUCAACUAUACUUCCAUUGCUAUGAUUUAAAUGUAUUUUAGAUAGAUUUUAUGUUUAAUGGGUUGUUGCAAGGAUUAAUAAAAACAUAUUUUUCAUUA